AUGGAAGUAGAACCUAAAGACAGUGGCCCUUGGGUCAGAGUUGACCCAGAGAAGCUGCUGAAAGAGGCCGAAGCAAAAGAGGCCAAGCUCAAGCGCCAGCAGGAGCAACGUCUUCUCCGCGCUGAAGCUCGCAAGGAGAAGCGUCAACUGAAGUCAGAGGCCAAGCAGGCCCGAAAGCAGAACGUCAAGCGAGCCGCGAAAUGGACCGAUGAACGCAAGGCCGAAGACAAGGCCAAGAAGGCCAUUACCAAGCCGCACAAGGAGGAAAAGCGGUACAGAAGACUCUUGCUGCGUGCCGAAAAGCUCGAGACGCAGGCCAAGAAGUUCAUGCUCGAGGCCCAGCGCGCCAGAGCGCGCCAUGCCGUCAUGACGAAGCAGAGAGAGCAGGCUGCGGCUGAGAAGAACAAGAUUCACGAAGAGAUCGAAAAGAUGGGUGCGGACCCGAAUGAUGACAACUACAUCGCUCUUGAUUCUGGCGUCGAGAAGCCCGCUGCCAAGAAGGCCGAGUCUGACUCGUCUAGUUCGUCUGAUAGCUCCGACUCCUCUGACUCUGACGAUUCUGAUGACGAGCCUCCUGUCAAUACCAAGAGUGCGAAGAAGUUGUCUGUCGAGAGUGAGCCUGCGAAGGAGGAUACUGAGGAUGUUACUAUGGCUGAAGCUGAUGCCCCUCCUCAGGCUGAUGUGACCGUAACCGAGGGAGUUGUCGCUGCUGAAGAGCCUGCCAAGGCUGCAGAGUCCAAGGAUAAGAAGAAGAAGAGCAAGAAGAACAAGGACAAGGCAGCCGAGGUUGAGGUGACCGUCACUGAGCAGAUUGUAACCGAAGAACCUACUGCCGCCGAAGACUCGAAAGACAAGAAGAAGGACACUAAGCGAAAGCGAACCUCCGAUGUAGCCGAAGAUGCCGAUGUCGACGUCACCAAGAAGGAGAAGAAGCAAAAGCAAAAGAAGAAGGCCAAGACAGCCGAGGAGUACGUUUCAACGCCCCCGUCGACAGUCAACGGAGUCGCAAGCGCUGAUGGUGCGGAGCAGUGGAACGUCCAAGCCUUAGCAGGUGGAGAUGCGAGAAAGGAAAAGUUCUUGAGGCUUCUCGGAGCCAAGAAGGCCACUGGCGUUCCGCACGAAAGUCAUGCUGCCCCAAGGCAAGAUAUCGCAAGCAUCCAGAACAACCUCGAGCGUCAGUUUGAGGCUGGGAUGCGCAAGAAGGAUGAAGCUGGCGGCCGCCGGAAAGGGCUUGGCGCGUAA